AUAAUAUAUACAAGCACCAUUCAACUAAUUCCAAUUCACAAAAAAUCGCACUUAAUAUCGCCCGGCUGUCACUAGCCAACCACCAAUCUCCGUAACACAGAAAUCGGUGUUCUUGGCUCAGUUUUCCGCUGCAGUUGCACAUUGUAACAUUCUAGUCAACAAUCGCCCGAUUGCGAUGAGCAAUUCCGCCAUUUUUCUCUCGGUUUUCCUCGCUGUGACGGGCCUCGUGUGUAGUGAUCAAGAUUACAGUGAUUGGAAUGGUUUUUUGGAGAGUGUCGGCAUUAUGAAGAACAAUGACGCGAUGUUUACGAAUUGGAGGAGUCAAGACAACAACUUUUUCGACGAUCGAACACCACUCGAUGAAGGAAACAGAUACUUCAGUACAAGGUUCUAUUCACCAGAGUUUGAACAAAAUGUGGAAUUUUUAACAAACAUGGUAGAACAACUUCAAGACCGGGCUAAUUCGUACAAUCUACCUACAAGUUACGAGCAGUACCUGCCCAGACGUUCAAAUAUACAAGAUUUUGGGACGUUCGACUUUAUUGUAGUCGGCGCUGGUGGAGCAGGUGCCGUAGUCGCUAGUCGACUCUCAGAAAUAUCGAAUUGGAAGGUGCUACUUAUCGAAGCUGGCGACUAUCCUGAUAAUGUUACCGCUAUACCUAACAUGUAUUUGCAAGUCGACUUUACCAGAUACAAUUGGAACUUUGCCACUGUCCCUCAAACCACAGCUUGUCUAGGAAUGGUGGAUCGUUCCUGUACAGCCAUCAGGGGCAGAGGCAUAGGUGGUACUACUCUAACAAACGGUUUGGUUUAUUCCAGAGGGUCAUUCAUCGACUACGAAAGGUUGGCUCAAGAACUCAAUGAUAACAGGUGGUCAUAUGAGAAUGUGUUGCCUUAUUUCAAAAGUUCAGAAGAUUUCAGACCUACAGACACAACCGCAACCACAGAUCCUUCUGUUCACGGAUACGGCGGCUUGCUGAGUGUGGAGUACCACUUGCCUGAAAGUCCCCAGUUGCAAGCUUUCACAGCAGCCAAUAACGAGCUAGGAUAUCAAUAUUCCGACUAUAAUAACGGCAUCGGUUUGGGACAUUCACCAGCACAAGUCAACACCAGAGGAGGCAUGUCAGCUGAUACAGGUUCUGCUUUUAUUAUGCCUUUCCUCAACAGGCGAAAUUUAAAGGUCCAGCUCUUCAGCUAUGCAACCCAAAUUAUAAUCGAUAAAAAUAAAGUAGCAAGAGGAGUGAUAUUCGCAGACGCGAAAACCAAAAGGUUAUAUCGUGCCUUUGCUAACAAAGAAGUUAUUGUCAGUGGAGGUACCUAUCAAUCUCCGCAACUUUUGAUGCUGUCUGGAAUAGGACCCAGAGAUCAUUUGGAAUCGCUUGGCAUUCCUGUACGUCAAGAUUUACCUGUAGGAAGUAACUUGAGGAAUCACAAUUGUUACUACGGUAUGACUUUCCGAACAAACUACACGGAGCCUAUAUUGCCUACAAGGAACGUUGUGGAACAAUUCUUGAGAGGCCAAGGGUACUACACUACACCUGGAAGCAACCAAGGUGUUGCUUUCUAUGAAUCUCAAUAUAGCAGAGGUACCAGAUACCCCGACAUAGAAAUAAUGUUCAUCCCUGCUAAUGCGACAAAUGCACUGGCCCGUACGUCUUACAGACUGUCUAAUCAAACAUACGAAGAGAUGUGGGGUAACAUCGAUUUCACCAACAGCUUUAUUUUGUACAUCAACGCUCUACACACGGAAUCUAGAGGCACUGUAAGGCUCAGAAGUGCCAAUCCAUAUGAGUACCCUCUGAUCGAUCCCAGAUAUCUCUCCGAUCCUGCCAACAAAGACAUUACAACGAUCUUUGAAGGCGUCCAGAUCGCUUUAGCCCUAAUGAACACCACAGCAAUGCGCAAAAUCAACACCCAAAUCCAAAGCCACCCCUUGACCGCUUGCUCGCAGUACCAGCUCUUCUCUGAUGACUACUGGUACUGCCACAUCCGUCAAAUGACCUGGGACUUGUACCACCCUGUUGGUACUUGCGCCAUGUCUACAAGCCGUAAGACUGGGGUGGUAGAUUCGGAAAUGAGAGUCUGGGGUGUUAAAGGAUUGAGGGUUGCCGAUGCUAGUAUUUUCCCAUUCACUUUUGGGGGUCAUCCAGUGGCUGCGAUAGUUAUGGCUGCGGAAAGGGUAUCUGAUCUGAUCAAGCAGGAUCAUGGGGUGCGCAUGCGCAAAGGAAGCGAGUUUUACAGUGGCUAGGGAAAAAGUUCAUAAAGCGUUUGGAUACGAUCUUAAUUCGAAUGGAUCAUGUUGCUCAAAUGUGAAUAUUUACAUUUUCAGUGUGCUGGAGUAAAAAUAUUUGUAAAUGAAAGAACGAGGCAAUUGGUCUCGGUAAAUGAAAAACGUUUCUUUUUUCAGUUCUCUUAAAUACUAAUCUAUUACAAUAACCCUUGAUAAUGUUGAAUAGUUUAUUGAAUGGCAUUGUAAUGAGUGAAUGUAAUGGCUUUAUUCCCAAUGUGUUCAGUUUCAGAAAGUAGAUCCUCUUCUAGUGUAUUAAUAUAAGUAUACAAUCCACUAGCUAUGUAAGAAUUUUCACAGGUAGCUGCAGUAUUAUGUAAAAAAUGUACAAAUGAAAUUCCUCAUCUUAGAUUAUCACUGUGUGAAUUCAAUAAUAAAAAUAAUGUUGUUUUAUUUCUAUUCUCCC